UCAACCUGCUGUGAUUCGGAUAACGGACCUCUCCUUUUAUAGAUGAUCUCGACGGAGAAGUGGAUUUACAGUUUUUAUGUUAAAUAGCAAAUAAGAUAACAAUAUGUAUUAAUUAAUCAAUCACAGGAAUAUAUCUUUUGACCUAAAGGAGGUGUUUUGUUAGCGUUUUGCGCAGUCAGCGCUGUGAGGGGUCGUGGGUGCGGCUCCGAAACUAUGGAAACAGCGCACAAUCUGUAUCAUCAACUGCCUUUGUUUACAAAGAUGACUGCAAUCAACAUUAAUAUGAAGAAUUGUUUUAUGUUCGUAUUUCUUGUCUGCGGUGUGUUUGGUGAUCCAGAUGAAGUGAAGAUCGUGUUGGAGGGAGAUUCUGUCACUCUACACACUAAUCUUACUGACAUACAGAUAAAUGAUGAGAUACGGUGGAGGUUUGGACCCGAUGGCUCUGCCAGUCUUCUAGUUCACAUUGAUCAGAAUGUUCCCACAUAUAAAGAUUCGGCUGAUGGAACAUUUACUGACAGACUGCAGAUAUCAAACAUUAAGACUGGAGAUCUCACCAUCAAGAACAUGAGAAUCAAACACUCUGGACUUUAUAAAGCACAGAUAGUAAGACCUACUGGAGUUACACAAAGGAAGUUCAACAUCGAGGUCUAUGGUGUCCCACAUCUGACUGAUCCUAGUGCAGGUGAAUCCAAGACUGUGUUGAAGACUGAGGGAGAAUCUGUGACUCUAGACACUGGUGUUCAAACACAGACCGAUGAUCUGAUACUGUGGAGGUUUGGAGAUGUUGGUGUUCUCUUGGCUAAAGCUGAUAAAGACGACAACAAGACCUCAAUAAAUGAUGCAGAUGAUGGAAGAUUCAGAGGCAGACUGAAGCUGGAUGAUCAGACCGGAUCUCUCAUCAUCAGUGAUGUCCAAAUAUCAGAUUCUGGAGAGUAUAAACUGAAGAUCAGCAGUAACUUUAAAAAGACAUUAUACAAGAGAUUCAUUGUUUCUGUCAGUGAACGAAGACAAACUCCAGGUGAAAACGGAGGGAUAGCUUUUGUUGUCCUGCUGGCUGCUGCUGUUGUUGCUGUAUUUUCAUUUCGCCGCUAUAAUUAUGAACAACAAAAACGAAAAGUUAAAGAGAAGAUAGUGCCUAAGGGAGAUUCUGUAACUCUAGAGACUGAUGUCACUGAACCUCAGUCUGAUGAUGUCAUCGAGUGGAUCUUUAGAGAUGAAGUGAUAGCCACAUUCAAUAAAAGCAACAGUGAUGAAGAGAGAUUCAUAGACAGACUGAAGAUGGAUAAUCAGGCUGGAUCUCUCACCAUCACAAACAUCAGAACAGAAGACGCUGGACUGUAUAAAGUAAAGAUCAGCAGCAGCAGUCGACUGAAAUCAUUCCUUCAGUUCAUCACCGGUGAAGGACCAUCAUACCGUCAAUUCAAUGUUAUUGUCACAGAUACAGUUGGUAAAGUGGAAAAUAAUUCUGUGACUCUGAACACUGAUGUUACUGAACUAAAGUCAGAUGAUGUGAUCCAGUGGCGGUUUGGAGAAACUCUCAUAGCUGAAAUCAAUAGAAAGAUCAACAAGUUCUCUACAGAUGAUGAGAUAUUCAGAGACAGACUGAAUCUGAAUGAUAAGACUGGAGAUCUCACCAUCAGAGAUCUCAACACUGAACACACUGGACACUAUAAACUGAAGAUCAUCAACAGUAGAGGAACAUCAUUCACUCAGACUGAAGUUAAUGUCAUGGAGGGACUCAGAUCAGUAAAGUUGGCAGAUUCUGUUUCUCUAGGCAUUGAUGUUGCUGGCAUACAGAAUGAUGAUGUGAUUCAGUGGACAUUAGGAGAUGAAGAAACUCCCAUAGCUGAAAUCACUGGACUGAAUAAACUCUCAUAUGAUAAGAGAUUCAAAGAGAGACUGGAGCUGGACCCAAAGACGGGAGAUCUCACCAUCUCAAACAUCACAUCUGAACUCUCUGGAGUUUAUAGAGCAAAGAUCAUCAGCAGUAGAGGAACAACAUACAGAACAUACAGGGUUAACAUCUCUGUGAUCGCUUAUAAGGGAGAAUCUCUCACUCUACACACUGACAGUAAAAUACAGAGCGGCAGUGAGAUCAAGUGGAUCUAUGAUAAGAUAACCUGUCUGGUCACUGGAAAGAAUGGUGAUGACAGUGAGACCAAAUAUAAAGAUGAUGUGAGAUUUAAAGACAGACUGAAGAUGAAUCAUGAGACUGGAGAUCUCACCAUCACAGACGUCAUAGCGACAGAUGCUGGAGUUUAUAAACUACAAAUCAAGAGUAAAGAAAAGAUCUCAUUCAGGAUAUUCAGUGUUUUCUUCAAGGACAACACGGAUGAAAAAGAACAAGAUGAACAGAAAUCAGUGUGUAAAUAUGAGAAUGAUUCUGUCACUCUGAACGCUGAUGUUACUGAGCCACAGUCAGAUGAUAUGAUCCAGUGGAGGUUUGGAGAAACUCUCAUAGCUGAAAUCAAUAGAAACAACAACAAGAUCUCUAUACAUCAUGAUGUUCUUGAUGGGAGAUUCAGAGACAGACUGAAGCUGAAUGAUAAGACUGGAGAUCUCACCAUCAGAGAUCUCAACACUGAACACACUGGACACUAUAAACUGAAGAUCAUCAACAGUAGAGGAACAUCAUACUCUCAGUUUAAAGUUUAUGUCAGGGAGAACGUCAGAUCAGUAGUUUUGGGACAUCCUGUCACUCUAUACACUGAUGUAACUGGAAUACAGAGAGGUGAUGUGAUUCAGUGGACAUUAGAAACAAACAUUAAAACUCCCAUCGCUCAGAUGACAGUAGGGACUGAACUCUCAUAUGAUGGGAGAUGGAGAAGCAGAAUGAAGCUGGACCCUCAGACUGGACAUCUCACCAUCUCAAACAUCACAGCUGAACUUUCUGGAGUUUUUAGAGCAAAGAUCAUCAGCAGGAGAGGAACAGAAUACAGAACAUACAGGGUUAACAUCUCUGUGAACGCUUAUGAGGGAGAAUCUCUCGCUAUACACACUGACAGUAAAAUACAGAGAGGCAGUGAGAUCAAGUGGAUCUCUGAAGAUAACAUCAUUCUGGUCACUGGAAAGAUUGGAGACUACAUAGAAACCAAAUAUACAGAUAAUGUGAGAUUCAAAGACAGACUGAAGAUGAAUCAUGAGACUGGAGAUCUCACCAUCACAAAGAUCAGAAAGACAGAUGAUGGAGUUUAUAAACUACAGAUCAGCAGCGAUGAUAAGAUCUCAUACAAGAUGAUCAAUGUUUUUGUCAACGACGGCCCUUCUCCAGAUCAGAAGCAGAACUCAGUGUGUAAAUAUGAGAAUGAUUCUGUCACUCUGAACACUGAUGUUACUGAACUAAAGUCAGAUGAUGUGAUCCAGUGGAGGUUUGGAGAAACUCUCCUAGCUGAAAUCAAUAGAAAGAACUACAAGUUCACUACAGAUGAUGAGAUAUUCAGAGACAGACUGAAGCUGAAUGAUAAGACUGGAGAUCUCACCAUCAGAGAUCUCAACACUGAACACACUGGACACUAUAAACUGAAGAUCAUCAACAGUAGAGGAACAUCAUACUCUCAGUUUAAAGUUUAUGUCAGGGAGAACAUCAGAUCAGUAGAGUUUGGACAUUCUGUCAUUCUAUACACUGAUGUUACUGGAAUACAGAGAGAUGAUGUGAUUCAGUGGACAUUUGGAGAUGAAAAAACUCCCAUAGCUGAAAUCACUGGACUGAAUAAUAAACUCUCAUAUGAUGAGAGAUUCACAGACAAACUGGAGCUGAACACAAAGACUGGACAUCUCACCAUCUCAAGCAUCACAACUCAACUCUCUGGAGUUUAUAGAGCAAAGAUCAUCAGCAGUAGAGGAACAGAAUACAGAACAUACAGGGUUGUCGUCUCUGUGAUCGCUUAUGAGGGAGAAUCUCUCACUAUACACACUGACAGUAAAAUACAGAGAGGCAGUGAGAUCAAGUGGAUCUCUGAAGAUAACAUCAGUCUGGUCACUGGAAAGAUUGGAGUCAUAAGAGGGACCAAAUAUACAGAUAAUGUGAGAUUCAAAGACAGACUGAACAUGAAUCAUGAGACUGGAGAUCUCACCAUCACAAAGAUCAGAAAGACAGAUGAUGGAGUUUAUAAACUACAGAUCAGGAGUGAUGAUAAGAUCUCAUACAAGAUGAUCAAUGUUUUUGUCAACGACGGCCCUUCUCCAGAUCAGAAGCAGAACUCAGUGUGCAAAUAUGAGAAUGAUUCUGUCACUCUGAACACUGAUGUUACUGAACUAAAGUCAGAUGAUGUGAUCCAGUGGAGGUUUGGAGAAACUCUCAUAGCUGAAAUCAAUAGAAAGAACAACAAGUUCACUACAGAUGAUGAGAUAUUCAGAGACAGACUGAAGCUGAAUGAUAAGACUGGAGAUCUCACCAUCAGAGAUCUCAACACUGAACACACUGGACACUAUAAACUGAAGAUCAUCAACAGUAGAGGAACAUCAUACUCUCAGUUUAAAGUUUAUGUCAGGGAGAACGUCAGAUCAGUAGAGUUUGGAAAUUCUGUCAUUCUAUACUCUGAUGUUACUGGAAUACAGAAAGAUGAUAAAAUUCAGUGGACAUUUGGAGAUGAAAAACCUCCCAUAGCUGAAAUCACUGUAGGGACUGAACCCUCAUAUGAUAAGAGAUUCAAAGAGAGACUGAAGCUGAACCCUGAGACUGGAGAUCUCACCAUCUCAAACAUCACAUCUGAACUCUCUGGAGUUUAUAGAGCAAAGAUCAUCAGCAGCAGUAGAGGAACAGAAUACAGAACAUACAGGGUUGUCGUCUCUGUGAUCGCUUAUGAGGGAGAAUCUCUCACUAUACACACUGACAGUAAAAUACAGAGAGGCAGUGAGAUCAAGUGGAUCUCUGAAGAUAACAUCAGUCUGGUCACUGGAAAGAUUGGAGUCAUAAGAGACACCAAGUUAACAGAUAAUGAGAGAUUCAAAGACAGACUGAACAUGAAUCAUGAGACUGGAGAUCUCACCAUCACAAAGAUCAGAAAGACAGAUGAUGGAGUUUAUAAACUACAGAUCAGCAGUGAUGAUAAGAUCUCAUACAAGAUGAUUAAUGUUUUUGUCAACGACGGCCCUUCUCCAGAUCAGAAGCAGAACUCAGUGUGUAAAUAUGAGAAUGAUUCAGUGACUCUGAACACUGAUGUUACUGAACUAAAGUCAGAUGAUGUGAUCCAGUGGAGGUUUGGAGAAACUCUCAUAGCUGAAAUCAAUAGAAAGAACAACAAGUUCACUACAGAUGAUGAGAUAUUCAGAGACAGACUGAAGCUGAAUGAUAAGACUGGAGAUCUCACCAUCAGAGAUCUCAACACUGAACACACUGGACACUAUAAACUGAAGAUCAUCAACAGUAGAGGAACAUCAUACUCUCAGAUUAAAGUUUAUGUCAGGGAGAACAUCAGAUCAGUAGAGUUUGGACAUUCUGUCAUUCUAUACACUGAUGUUACUGUAAUACAGAGAGAUGAUGUGAUUCAGUGGACAUUUGAAGAUGAAAAAACUCCCAUAGCUGAAAUCACUGGACUGAAUAAACUCUCAUAUGAUAAGAGAUUCAAAGAGAGACUGGAGCUGAACCCAAAGACUGGACAUCUCACCAUCACAAACAUCACAUCUGAAGUCUCUGGAGUUUAUGGAGCAAAGAUCAUCAGCAGCAGUAGAGGAACAGAAUACAGAACAUACAGGGUUGUCGUCUCUGUGAACGCUUAUGAGGGAGAAUCUCUCACUAUACACACUGACAGUAAAAUACAGAGAGGCAGUGAGAUCAAGUGGAUCUCUGAAGAUAACAUCAGUCUGGUCACUGGAAAGAUUGGAGUCAUAAAAGACACCAAGUUAACAGAUAAUGUGAGAUUCAAAGACAGACUGAAGAUGAAUCAUGAGACUGGAGAUCUCACCAUCACAAAGAUCAGAAAGACAGAUGAUGGAGUUUAUAAACUACAGAUCAGCAGUGAUGAUAAGAUCUCAUACAAGAUGAUCAAUGUUUUUGUCAACGACGGCCCUUCUCCAGAUCAGAAGCAGAACUCAGUGUGUAAAUAUGAAAAUAAUUCUGUCACUCUGAACACUGAUGUUACUGAACUAAAGUCAGAUGAUGUGAUCCAGUGGAGGUUUGGAGAAACUCUCAUAGCUGAAAUCAAUAGAAAGAUCAACAAGAUCUCUACAGAUGAUGAGAUAUUCAGAGACAGACUGAAGCUGAAUGAUAAGACUGGAGAUCUCACCAUCAGAGAUCUCAACACUGAACACACUGGACACUAUAAACUGAAGAUCAUCAACAGUAGAGGAACAUCAUACUCUCAGUUUAAAGUUUAUGUCAGGGAGAACAUCAGAUCAGUAGAGUUUGGACAUUCUGUCAUUCUAUACUCUGAUGUUACUGGAAUACAGAGAGAUGAUGUGAUUCAGUGGACAUUUGAAGAUGAAAAACCUCCCAUAGCUGAAAUCACUGGACUGAAUAAACUCUCAUAUGAUGAGAGAUUCACAGAGAGACUGGAGCUGAACCCUCAGACUGGAGAUCUCACCAUCACAAACAUCACAUCUGAACUCUCUGGAGUUUAUAGAGCAAAGAUCAUCAGCAGCAGUAGAGGAACAGAAUAUAGAACAUACAGGGUUAACAUCUCUGUGAACGCUUGUGAGGGAGAAUCUCUCACUAUACUCACUGACAGUAAAAUACAGAGAGACAGUGAGAUCAAGUGGAUCUCUGAAAAUAACAUCAUUCUGGCCACUAUAAUGAAUGGAGUCAUAAUAGACACUAAAUAUACAGAUGAUGAGAGAUUCAAAGACAGACUGAAGAUGAAUCCUCAGACUGGAGAUCUCACCAUCACAGACGUCAGAUGGACAGAUGCUGGAGUUUAUAAACUACACAUCAAGAGUAAAGAAAAGAUCUCAUUCAGGAUAUUCAUGGUUUGGAUCAAGAAUAAGGCUUCUGGAAAAGUAAAGGACAAACAGAAAUCAGAAUCAGCAGAAAUUGAAGAAAAUAAAUCAGCAGCGGUUGACAAGCCUUCCCCCAAUGAAGUAGCAAAUGAAUGAUCGAGGAUGAGAUAGAUGCUCAUCAUCACAUCUUUCACAUCAUCAACAUCUACAGUAAUAAAACUGAUUUACUGUGUUCAUGAUCCGUCCUCUUUAAAAGAUCAUCUUCAUGUGUGCUGUUGAGCUCGACUGAUAAAAACUUUUAAAGCUAAAGUAACAUGUUUUUUGAUAAACAGUGAAACAGAAUUUCAUUUAUUUGCCGUUGAAGAUGAUCUCUGAUCAGAAUCUGUUUAUAUUUUUAUAUUUCAUAUGUUACUCACUGCAUAGCAUAUGAUCAAUUUGACUGUCAUGUGUUUGAUAUUGUGUGACUGUAGACAGUAUUAAUUUAAAAUGUGAUGAUGAAGAAAUAUCAGCUACACAUGAAGAACAUCUUCAGACUUUCUCUAACCCGUCUCUAAUCUGAUUUUAUACACAUUUAUAUAACAACUCACUCCAAAAACAAGAUCAUGAUGAAGUUCAGAUGAGAUCACAUGACAAUCUGUGUUUAUCAUGUGAAGAAGAUUCUAGAAAAUACACAUGAGAAACAUUUUGAGCAUCAGUGUUAGAUUCUGAUGUUUGUUCUGUUUUUAUUGUUGAUAUUAUUUUAGUUUUUCAUGUACAUUAUAAUUUGCUCCAUUAUGAGCUUUACCAGCUGCUGUCCAUGGUGCUGAAUUAAUGGAUAUCGACCGUUCUCCAAUCAAUAAUUUAGUGUACACACGGACUGCUUCACUGCAUUAUGUGAGGUAGUGGCGAUCUUUAUCAAAUAAGCACUUUAGAAAUAGUUGAAGUUACAUUUAUUAGGACUCAUAGGAUACAAAUAAACCAAAUAGCAACUAAAUCCAACCAUUGAUAUAUACAAGUGAAAUGAAUGUGUGAACCCACAAUCUCAUGCUCAACCCUGUUACACUAACUGUCAGUGUGGUCAUUUAUAUCAAAGGUUCUCAAACUUGUGUUAGAGUUUCUGUUGCGGUAUUCCUGAAACUGAUAAUGACUUUUAUAGUUCACACGUUUAUUGUGCUUGGACAAUUUAAAAGGCGAAGCAUGUAGCUUAUGGCCGCGUUAUUAAAAUAUAAAAUAUAAUCAACAUUAUUAUCAGUCCUACAAUGAUGUAAUUUGAUGUUGCAAUACAAAAGUGAAUGUGUUGUGUUUCACUAUUUUCUAUGUAAACGGCGUGACAUGAUAUAACAUACAUUUGAUUAUAACUGUGUUUGUGAAGCACUUAUUUAUAUUAUCAAAUAUGUUUCUAUAGUGUUAAUAUUUACUGAACAAAAACGCAGAACAUAUGAAACAUAAAAACUUCAUAAAGCACUUAACUGAAUAACUCUUGCCUUAUUGCUCUUAUAAAAUAAAUGUGCUAGCUUCGUGAUUUAGAUAUCAGCUAAAUAUAAACAGUAUUGAAAAGUGUUUGUGUCUGAUCAUUUCUGUUCUUUAGUGGAUAAAGUGAUUAUUUAGUAAUGGCUGUUUUAACAGUAAACACAUGCUAAUGUUGUGCUUGACCUGCUUUAACAUGUUUAACUGAAUAUACAAUGCAUGUCAUGAUUAAUAAAUAAAAAUGAAGA